AUGGCGUCAAAAGCAUUCGCAAACGGCCUCAAGGAGCUGAGGUUCCUGUUCUGCCAGACCAGCGAGCACAGCGCCGCGACAAGGAAUUUCCUCAUGCGAAGCUAUCCCGCUAUGAAGAAGGCCAACCCAUCCAUCCCCAUCAUGAUCCGCGAAGCCAGCAACACCCAGCCCACCGUAUAUGCGCGAUUCGACUUCGGAAAGGAGCGGAAGCUGUCACUGAAGGGCCUGGACGACAAGGCCAUCGAACAACAAGUCACAGAGCUGGUACAGAAGGGCGCAUGA